AUGCUCUCCCUACCACUUAUCACCCCCCGCGAUUCUCACGAGCUCUGGUUCGGAUCCUCUCAAUCCUACCGUUCGUCCUCCCAAAUAAACCAACCCAUUGGAGACCCAAACCAAGCCCGCCCCCGUCGCAAUGCCAACAAUACUCUAAAUGGCCGAUCGUCCGCCACAUCGGGCAAUAGUCUCUCCUCGUUACUCCUCGAAGAACGUGCUCUUCGCGCCCGCAAGCAGAAUAUUGCCUCCUUUGGGUACUCGUGGAUCAAGCCGGCCGGAUGUCUCAAAACUAUGCUGGGCAUGAAGGAGGAGGAGGCUGAGAGGGAGGAGGCGCUUGCGGCCGCCGCUGCGGAGAUGGCUGCCGCUGCUGCUGCUGCUGAUCCUACCAUGGAUGAUGAUUUUGAUGGACGACAGCAAGGGGGUAACGAUGGACAGGAUGAUACGGGGAUGGAGAGAGAUUUGGAUAAUGAUAUUCCCGAUGCGGAUGCGUCAGGCCUCAUUGAGGAAGGGGAGGAAGGUCUAGAGGAGGAAGAUGCGGUGGAUGAAGAAGGGUACAUGGAGCGAGAUCUGGACGAUGAUAUUCCUGAGGGUUUACCUGACGAUGAGGAUGAUUAUGAGGAAGAAGAGGAGGAAGAAGAUGAUUUCGAUAAUCAACCGGACUUGGACGACGAUAUCCCUGCUGCUGGAGAUGAAGAAGAUAUGAGCGAAGGCAUGGUCCGUGAUCUGGACGACGACAUUCCCGAAGCAGUCGAAGAUGCAUCCGGGCAAGAAGAGGAAUGGCAACACACAGACACCGAUGCCGAUUUCGACGACGACGACGACGAUGAUGAUGAUGAUGACGAUGACGACGACGAAAAUGAAGAGAACCAGUCCCAUGAUCCUUUCGCACCAAGUCUCCGGGCCAGCACAUCUAGUCAUCGUGGUCUACCUCCCCCUCCCGCGCCCAUGCGACGAGAGAGGGAGACCCCAGCUCAGCGGCGAUUUCUGCAACGCUGGAGCGGCGGUGGCGAUGCCUUUGAUUCUAGUAGCAUGAUGCUCGACGAGGAGGAUCUCCGCUCUUCCUUCGCUAGCCAUGCGAGUCGACGCAGUGGAUUUGGCAGGUUUCCGAGACGAAGGGGUGGGCCGAGAGAUAGCUUUGAUUGA